UUAAUGAACUAGUUGAAAUAUAUUCAAUUAACUGAAACAAAGAUAAUAUAUCAUUAAUAGGAAUCUAAUUAAUUACAUUAACAUGGCUGAAAAAGGAAAAAUUGGAAUCAUUGGAAGUGGUCUAAUAGGUCAGAGUUGGGCUAUGUUAUUUGCAAGCGCUCGUUACAAUGUAAUCAUCUAUGACAUUAAUUUAGAGUUAGUGAAUACUGCAUAUGAAAAAAUUAAAUCAGAAUUAAAAACAAUGGAAAAGAAUGGAAUUCUAAGAGGCAAUCUUACUGCUGAACAACAAAUUGAACUUAUUAAAGGUGUAACUAAAUUGGAAGAAGUUGUAGAAGAUACAAUUCUUAUUCAAGAAUGUAUACCAGAAGUGUUAUCUUUAAAGCAACAGUUGUAUGACCAAAUUGAUAAACUUAUUGGUUCUCAAACAAUUAUUUCAAGUUCUACUUCUACAUUCUUGCCAUCGGUUCUUUCUGAAAAAAUGAAACAUCGCAACCAAUUAAUUGUUUCACAUCCAGUUAAUCCACCAUAUUUUGUGCCAUUAGUAGAAAUUGUACCAUCUGAAUGGACUGAAGAAUGGGUAAUUAAGAAAACGAGAACAAUUAUGGAAGAUAUCAAACAAUCCCCUGUAACUCUUGCUAAAGAAGUACCAGGAUUUGCAUUAAACCGCAUUCAGUAUGCUAUAUUGAAUGAAUGUUGGCAUCUUGUAAAUGAUGGAGUACUUAAUGUGAAAGAUGUUGAUACAGUCAUGUCUGAAGGUCUAGGUAUGCGUUAUGCAUUUCUUGGUCCAUUAGAAACUGCUCAUUUAAAUGCUGAAGGAUUUGUGAACUAUACAGAGCGUUAUUCAAACUCUAUGUAUGGUGUAUGCCAACAAUUCAAGCCAUCACCUAAGUUUGAAGGACCAUUGGUAAAAGUGAUUGGAGAUCAAUUAAAUAGUAAUACUCCAUUGGAAGACCUACCAAAACGUAGAUUAUGGAGAGAUCAAUCUUUGAUAAAAUUGUCGCAACUUAAAAAAUAUAAUAAUUAUUAAAAUAUAUAAUAUCAUUGGCUGGA